UGUGUAACGGCAGUGAUGUCUUCCUGUUUCUCCAGCAUGCACAUUGUGAGCGGCUCCUGCAGCUCGCCCCUGCCUCCCACGCUCAGCCCCUACGAGAACGGCAACGCCCUCUUCAUCAAGAAGCCUCACACGGCGUGUGGCUCUGUGACCGUCUUCACCUACGACCUCCAGCACGUGUCCACCCUGCAGUUCAACGGCAGGGUCGCAGUGAUGUUCUCGGUGCCGUACGACUUCAACUUCUACUCCAACUGGUACGCGAUGGGAGUCUUCGACAUGGACAAAGCCUGCGACCAGCACCUUUACGACGAGAUGUACAACAAGUCGGAGCAAAAGUUUGUCAGGGGCAAAGCCAAGGGGCCGAGUCUGACCUACAGGGGGGCCUACAUCACUGUCAGGGCCACCAUGUCCGACACCUACCAGCCCAUCCUCAAGGUCGCCAUCUGCAAUAACUGAGGCCCACAGCCGCACCUGCAGUGUGCACCAUUAAUCCCACCUAACCCAGUAACACUGGGUUCACACUGCAGGAGACCUGCAGCUGAUUGAUCAAUCAAUUAAUCAGUCAUCAGUCAGUAAGAUUCUCUCCUCAUUUUAUAUCCACAAACACAGAUUAAAUCUCAACAUUUAUUUGAAAUUUGGAUUUCUUUCCCUGCCCCUCCUUCCUGAUGACAUCCAAAAAAUGGUGAGCUGUGAUUGGUCAGCAGUGUGUCUGUGAUGUUGUCUGAACCCGAUGUUA